UUUCAAUCUUCCGAUUCCCACAAUCCCUAUCAUAUUAUCAUCCACUUUUAAUACAGACUUCCCAACCCAAAUAUCAAAAUGAAGACUGCUAUCUUCUCCUCUGCCCUCGCUAUUUUCGCUACCUUGGCCACUGCCCUCCCCACCGCAGCCCCCGCAGAGACCUCGGUAGAGAAUCUUGUCACCCGCGACCAGGUCAAGCAGGUGAUAAACUCCAGCGCCGUGGUCAACAUCAACGAAGACACCCCCGGUACCGCUCUCGGCGUUACCAACAAAGCGAUAGUCUCCCGCGUUGACAACAAGCACAACUCCCAAGCUCUCGUCAAGUUCGACUUCCCCGAAGGUAUUACCGGGUCUGAGUGCCGAUUGGCAUUCGCCUACUCAACUCAGUUCAGUGGCACCGGGGAGAUCCAGGUGUUCGCCAUUGGUGACGCGAACAUCGCGGGCGCGACCUUCGAUCAGAGACCUUUCAGAGAUCAGUUCAAGGGUUCCUUCCGUGUUUCCGGGUGGGGUGAGGCUACAGUCGUUGAUGGCUCCGGCUUGACCUUCGAUUGCCCUGCUAAGGGGGCUAAGGCAUAUGAAGUUGUUUCCAUUGGAGAUAACAAUGAGGUUGUCUGGUAUGCGCCUUGGGGUGGAUUGAGAAUUGAUGUCUUGUAAAGGCGGAGAGAGGUUGUCGGCGAGUUUUUGCUAGCACCAUGGUUUUUAUUUCAUUCUCCUUGGGUCGAUUGACACUUUUUUCUUCCUCUUAAGCAUUGCAUUGCGUGGUAGCGGGUUGGGUUUUCAUUUCAUUCUGGGAUCCGAGGACUCUGGUUGCGGUUUUAUUGGCUUUAAUCAGCAUGAACACGAUUAGUAUUAGAUCA